AAUUAAAAGGAGCGUAGGAGGUGAUUGAUAAUAAAGAAAACAGGCAGGACAUGGGGCAGAAAUCCAACAAAGCAUAAUCGAUGGAGCAGAACUGGUAAGAAACGAGGAGGAAAGAAAGCGCACGCAAGUAAUAUCGGCAUUCGGAGGCCAAAAAUGGGAAACUCUCAGUCAUCUUCCACUCCCACUGAUCCUCGCUUCGUUUCUGCAUCCAGAUCAUUUGCUCAGAAGGAACUCGACGAGCUUCGGUCUCUGUUUGCGUCUCUUGCAUCUCAAUCGCAGAGCAAUGGCAAAUACAUAUCUCCCUCAGUUUUCCAGGCGUAUUUUGGACUUCAUGGUCCACUUGGAGAGAGAAUGUUCGAUUUAGUAACCAGGAAACGGAAAGAUCACCAACUCACCUUUGAAGACCUCGUUAUUGCUAAAGGGACUUAUGAGAAGGGAACGAAGGAUGAGAUAGAAGAAUUUGUUUAUCAAUUACUGGACGUUUCUGGUGAUGGACUUUUGGGAAGAACGGACUUGGAAUCAUCUCUGGCUGUGAUCUUUGAAAUUAUAUUCAAGCCAAGUGAUUGUGGACCUAAACUGGGCUCACUCCAAGAUGCAGUGGGCAUAUUUCUUAAUGCUGCGAAAUUCUCAGAGCAUGGUGAAGGAAAUGGUGAAGCAACUAUGUCUUUUGCAGAUUUCCGAAGCUGGUGCACUAUUGUUCCAUCUGUCAGGAAGUUCCUUGGAAGCUUAUUGAUGCCACCUGACCCAGGUAGACCAGGUUCGCAAGUUCCUCAUCUACUGCAGUUGGAAAGUAUAGAUUCUAAUCUGAUGUUAUUGAGAAAGGAAUAUGCUUGGCAUAUAGGAGGAGCACUCCCUCAGCAAGAGCUUGAAGAGUGGAAGCUUUUAUACCAUAGUUCAUGUCAUGGUCUGAGUUUCAACACAUUUUUAGGCAACCUAUCAAACCACGAAGGGCCAACGGUGUUAAUUAUCAAGGAUAAAGAUGGCUGUAUAUAUGGAGGUUAUGCGUCUCAGCCUUGGGAAAGGCAUGGUGAUUUUUAUGGAGACAUGAAAUCGUUUCUUUUUAAACUCUACCCGGAGGCAUCUUUAUUCAGGCCAACUGGAGCAAACCACAAUACUCAAUGGUGUGCUGUGAAUUUCAGUUCAGAGAGCAUCCCAAAUGGUGUCGGUUUCGGAGGACGAGUGCAUCACUUUGGUUUGUUCCUUUCAGCAAGUUUUGAUCAGGGGCAUACCUUCUCCUGUACAACAUUUGGAAGCCCUUGCCUCUCCAAGACCAAUAGGAUACACCCAGAAGUGAUAGAAUGUUGGGGAGUAGUCACAAAAGGAGCGGACCAAGAUAAACAUGAUGUUGUUAAAGCUACUGUAUUAGAGAGAUUCAAGGAGGACCGCAAUAUGCUUAAGAUGGUUGGCCUUGCAAAUUCCAGCGAGUAAUGGUGAAAAGUUCAACUCAAAUCCCAACACUAUGCACAUGCAGUUCAACAUUACAGAAAACUUUAUGCCUACGAUAUCAAUGUCAUUUGUUUAAUUUGCAUUA